AUGCUGACGCAAGCCCAGGAGCACCGCAACCUGCUGCUGCUAUACUUCAUCCCGUCGGGGCUCUACGUCGUCUACGACGUGCUGUCCUACGUCAACCUGCGCGCGUUCGACGCCGCGACCUACUUCCUCCUGCUCCAGUUCCGCCUCGUGGUGACGGGGAUCCUGCACCAAAUGAUGUUCUCCAAGAAGCUCAACCGCAACCAGUGGGUCUCCCUGGGGGUCACCACGGUCGGGUGCGCCAUCAAGACGCUGGGCUCUCAAGAACCCAAUGCAGCCGCCAAGCACGGCGACGGCCCUACGCUCAUGGCCUACGGACUCCUGAUGGUGCAGAUGCUCAGCAGCACCUUUGCCGGCGUGUACAACGAAGUUCUGCUCAAGAAGCAAGCCUCGAUCCCUGUGAAUCUGCAGAACGUCUUCAUGUACAUCGACUCCAUCGUCUGCACGAUGGGGAUGCUCGCUCUGGGACUCACCGGUCAGACGGCGCAAGAGGCGCUCACCAUGGCCAACUUCAGCGUGCUGUUCUCGCCCUACGUGCUGCCCAUGGUGCUCAUCAUGUCGUUCAUUGGUGUGGUCACGAGUCUCUUCCUCAAGCAGCUGGACUCGAUCCGCAAGGCCAUUGCGAGUGCUCUGGAGCUGGUGUUCCUGCCGCUGCUAAGCGCCGUGCUCUUCGGACAGCCCCUCACGUUGUACACGAUGGCCGCCGUUUGCUUCGUCGGCUUCGGGUCGCUGGCCCCGAAUCCUGCCGCGGUCCUGCGUUUUUGCUCCGGCAACGCAAAGUCGUGA